AAUCUCCAGCGCUCACCGGAGGACAGGACACUCCGGAGUUGCACGCACACCAUGGACUGAAACUCACCAAGAGAUCAACAUUAUCAGCUGUAAAUCCCUGCUCUACAAGCAAACGACUUAAUUUGCGUCUAUUUUUUUGUCUCUGGAAGUUCAGCUCUCAUCAGAUCCCUAGGUAUGAUUCAGAGGAAGGAGAUCAUGCUUUCUGUGCUUAGGGAGCUCCAGGAGGCCACAGAGAGCUCUGGCCUGGACACCCUGACCAGAGUGGCCCUGGAGGUGGACCAGGUUCUCGCUCCCUUCCAGCUCCCAAGGACCCCCUGUCAGGAUUUCCCUGAGUGGGCAGGCGUUGAUGACACUGCUCGUGGCUUGUAUCCAACUGAUGCACCCCUGGGCCUCCUGCCUCUAAACUGCAAGGGAGAGGGCAACGUACUGUUCGAUGCUGUUAGCAUGCUGUUAGUGGGCAACACUGAACUGAGCUUGGAGCUACAGGUACGGACAGUAGUGGAAAUGGUGUUGUGGAAGAGAUACUACCUGUCUGGAAUGAUCGAUUCAAAAGUGAUGCUUCAAGCGGUUCGCUUCAGUCUCUGUGCCGAAGAGUCUCAGGACAUGCUCAACCUGCCUGUAACAGUCUUGGAGGCCAUCUUUGAUGCAGAUGUCAAAGCAUCCUGCUUCCCCGGCUCCUACGCCAAUAUGUGGCAUGUGUAUGCCCUGUCAUCUGUCCUGCAUUUCAACAUCUACUCCAUCUACCCAAUGUUCAAUCUCAAGAUCCGACCCUAUUUCAACCGUGUCAUAUGUCCAAGGACCAGGACGAAAGACUCUGAGACACUAACCCUCCACAUCAUGUGGUCUGGUGAGCUGCAGUCCGAGUCUUUGUUCAGGCCAAAUCAUUUUGUGGCACUAGUCCAGAUAAGUGACCUCACUAUCGGAAGCCCUGACAGUGAGCAGAGGGAGUUGCCACUCAAGAGCGAGGAGCUGCUGAACCAGGACUCGCAGCUUUCUUACCUAAGUCUAAAGGACAAGUACAACAUCACCAAGAGGACCUUCUACCGCUGGAAGAGGCAGACGCAGGAGCACUGCAAAAAGUCAGCAGCCAGGUACGAGGCAAAGUAUUUCCUGCAGGCCUGCUACCUGGAGGGCAAACUCAUCCCUCUGCACCAGUUUAAAGAGUUUUUCCCAGAGAUCUCAAGGUCGUCUUACUACAACUGGAAGCACGAGCUUCUGAAAUCCGGAGGAACCUUCUCCACCUCAUCAUCGGCCGGAGAGAUCAGUCCUGGAGAGAGCACGGAACAGGAGGCCUGGUCUUCACCUGAAGCAAAGCAGGACCCCGAGCCAGACCACCACGACAGCGUGGCCGGUAUGUUUGGCCUCAGCCUCGGCAAGCUGGAUCUGGACCGGGCCCAGAAUGUCGCUCAUAUGCAGGAAGCUAAGCGCUGUCUGCAAAACUGCAUUGCUAUGAACGCCUCCCUCCCCUUCAGGAUCUUCAAAAGAAAUUUCCCAGGGAUCUCCAGAUCAACCUACUACAACUGGAGGAGAGAGGCCAUGCUGUUUAACGGAGGUUACAAAGGCAGUGUUGGCAGCAGUGAGGACAGCUCAGAUGCAGACAAGAGUCACAGUCCAAAAAGUCUUUUGCCCUUCCUGCCCACCACCACCCAGCCUGUUGUAGCCAGAACAAGGAUCUGCAGGCGAAAACACAGAAGUUUCAGGCUGGCAUACCUGAGCAAAAAGCAGCUCAGAGAUGCUGCAAAGCUGCAUGUCCAGAAGUCCAAAUGGUCCCUGACAAAGUUCAAGCUCAAGUUCCCUUCCAUGUCCCCGUGUUUCUACUGGCUGUGGCGUAGCAGUCAGAACCGGAAGAAGAAGAUGCUCACACAGAGUGCAGUGGUUAACCUUCCUGAGAGUCUGGAGAACACUCUUACAGAGAACAAGAUUAUGGAGAGGAGGAUGGAUACUCAGCAUGUGCUUCCAUUUGUUGAGAGUCCUCAGUAUCUAGAAAGUUCCUCAGUGCCCUCCUUUGAUGGCCAACACUCAAAGCACACCCUUCACAGCAAGGCUCCCAUAGAUGAGCAGAUGUUUGCGAUGGAUGUUGUGGCUCUGGCCAACUUCAAGGCCAAGGCCAAGCUGUUUCUGCAGCAGCGCUUUGAGGAGAAAUCCUUCCCCACAUUUAAAGAAUUCAGGUCUUACUUCCCCUUUACUCCACGCUCGACGUACUACAUGUGGAAGCGGGCUUUGCAUCAUGGGGUGUCACUGGUUCAUGGGUAAAUGUACAAAGCUUUAACCCCGUGGGGUUACGGGGUUCCAGCAUGAGUGCUCUGUUAAAGAACUUCUUCGCUCCAAAAACUUCACAUUUGUCUCUCUGCCUGUGCAUUUUAUUGUAAACAUACUACCUAUACAUUGUUGACCUCAUGUUUUCAUGGUCUAAAUUAACUGGCUUACCAUCUAAAUGCAUUGUGUCCUUCCUCUGCACCACCACCUCAGCUCACUUCUCCCUCCCGGACAUUUGCACGUGUGUUGCGCAAACUGAGUUGUGGGUCUGUUCCACAUGCCAUGCCCUCCUGGCAACAGUUUACGUGGUGUCUUUACUUGAAAGCUGUUGUUUAGUGGCAUUUUGUUUGAAACCUUUUCUACUUCUACUUCAUUCCCUUUUAAGGAUGCUAAGUGCUGUACUUGGGGCCCUUUUACAGUUUCCAUUGUAGUAAGAUUGUUGAUGCUUAAAUAUAUUCUUUUUUUGGUGAUGCACAUUAGAUUGAUCUGGGAGAUUCAUGGUGGUUUAAUGUUGUGUUUUUUUUUUGUUUUGUUUUUUUAAUUCAUUGAAUGUAGAGAGCUGCCAGAAUUUGUUCAGAGAUUAGUUUACUCUCCUUGUUCAGACAUCAUCACAAACAGGGUUCCUUGUUCAUAUUUGUCCUUUUAAUUAUUAAAUGUACUCACCUCAGAAAUUCACUUUGUGCACCGAAGUUUUAGAUGAUUUAAUGACCUACUUUUAAAAUGCCGCUCUUUCCUCUGGCAAGAACCUGGUAUGAACAUUAUAGAAACUGUGAGUUUUGUCACACUUUGCACUAAAAUAAUUCCCAUUACUCUGUUCAAUGUAUUGUCUUAACCAGCUUGCACCUUUUUGGUUAAGUUUCAAUUUUCCAACAAUUCUACUGAGAAAUGUUUACGUGGUGUCUUUACUUGAAAGCUGAAUAUAAAUGAAGAUAUUUUAUUUUUUGUACAAUCCUUCAUUUCAAACUACCUAUUUUCUUGUAAUAUUGGGGAAUAUUUUAUAAGCUAUGUUUUGUCUACUUUUUUUUUUUUUUUUCAGUAAAUGUCUACUAUUUUUCAAUUAAUGAAGUUCCACUUCACUGCACACAGACAAGCGUGUUUUACAGAACUGCCACUGUUACAACCCUAAAUAAUAGAAGUUUCAAUUUGUACUUAGUGUAUUUAUUUUUCUUAUUCAUUUCAUGUCUGAAAUUGGUACUGUUGAUACUGACAGCCUGCAUUAUAGUCAGUGAAGAAAUCUGUGCUGUUAGGCUGUAUAUCAGUAAACUAAAAAUAAAAUCUUCCGGCAUCAA